AUGGAAAAUACAACUUUGACACAUAUUGAAACUCUUUCUUCAACUACUCCGAAUUCCUUCAUUCUUUCACCUAUACUCAACACCACAGCAACAACACCGACAUUGCACAUUCUACAGCCAGCGUCUCGCGUUCAAUCAGCUAUAAUCGAUCCUGAUAAAAACAAAACUCAUACAAACAAGGAAUCAAAAUUGCUCGUUAAACAAGAACAAUCAGAUUAUACGUCUCGUCCCGAAGAACAAUUACUCGCCAGACGUAUUCCCAUAUCCAAUCAGUUGAGAAAAACAUUAGUUACACCACUUCAACUCGAUCCACGUGAAUCACUCAACAGUCCAUCAACUGUAUCAAUGUCCAUGGCGAAUAUCGGUGGUCAUCUUAUGUCAGCAUUGAAUCCGACUCAUUUGCCAGAAAAUACUGGAGGAUAUCAUUUUUCAAAUUUGCCCAAUGACUUGGCCUCGAGUUACAAACACUCUCGUUCUUCCAAUCCGGAUCUCUCGUCUCCAUCGAACUCGUCCAACUCUUCGAAUCCUUCGUCGUCACAUCAUCAUCAAAGCAAACGACAAGACGAAGGUGGUGAUCCAACACGUAAACGCGCUGUUCGUUUGCAAAAAAAUCGUGAUGCUGCUCGUGAAUGUCGUCGAAAGAAGAAGGAGUAUAUCAAAUGUCUUGAAGAACGCGUGACUGGACUUGAAACUCAAAACAAAGCUUUGAUUGAAGAAUUACGGCAAUUGAAAGAAUUAUAUUGUCAACGUGAAGAAAGCAAUACCAAUAAAACCACGACAAGUUCGCGCUAG